AUGGAGGAAGAAUGCUCAAAGCAAAAGUUAAAAAAAUUAAUUCUACAUGACAAUGCCAGCCUACCAGCAAACGAUGCAGGCUUGCUACAAUAUGGCGGUGAUUUCUUACUGCUGGAAAUUGACAAAAAUAAAGCGAAACCGCGUCGAAAUAGACGAAUCGUAUUUCUUCAAACCAUCACAAAAACAAUAAUCGGAGAAAGAAAAAUUAAGAGAAGUUCCGUCGAGAUCGAUGAAUCAAUGUUCUUCGAGCCGGCA